AUGGCGACGGCAAGAGAAGACGCGAAAACUCAGGAACUAAACCUCAUCUUUAAGUCUUUAGGAGAGAGAGGGAAAGAAGGUGAUGUAUGGAAGGAAUUUACUGAACAUACUCUGUGUUACUUGUUACAACAGACUCCUGAAUUUAUCAACAAAGCGUUUGCAAACGAAAGUAUCGAUGUCAUGUUUCGACUUUACGGAAGUGCCGCCGAAGACUUGAAAAGCCAAGCAACGGAUGAUAUUGGAGAUCUGGAUAUCGUGAUCAUUCCCAAAUCAGAAGAUUUGUUCAUUCACGACGAAAUGAUCGAAUAUUUACCCCAGCACCCUCUGCACGUUAGAAUCAAAGGCAGGGAUCACCCUCUCUUACAGUCCUGUCUUGUGGAAGACAAGCCCUACGUCGCCAAUUCAGCCAUCAAGAAUUUCCAUCCUGCGAUUUACGGCACAUCAGCGCCUCAUAUGAUAAAUAAUUUAACUCGCAGCAUUCAGAUAGGAUCUCGAGAAAAUUGGGGCCAAGUCGUUGCGGAAUGGAAAAACAAAGAGGACGGACCGGCUCUUCAGGUGAACGGUUCCCAGUCAUUUGGUCCUGUUUCUGGGCAGAUGAAAAGGAUGAAUAAUCCUCAGAACUUGGUUAAUUGCGACCCAGCUGAGUGGGACUGGCUAGCUAAAUUUUUAACCAACGCCAAUGGAUUUGAAUACAGUAGAGAACACGCUGAAAUUUUGGGCGAAUUCAUGACAUUUGCCAAUGAUAUACAGAUGUCCUUGCAUGAGAGAGGUCUCCUAGGCCAGCCUCAGGCGCUCCCCGGUUUUGUGCAAGAGCUGAUUUCCAGCGAGCGCGUUAAGCAGCUCAGGGAACGAGUUGUCACUAUUCAGCAAAGUAGUCAUAAUCAAAACGAAAGCGAACUGAGUGGAGAACACUUGGCGGAAGCGGAACAGCACAGUAAUGAUCAAAGUGUCACGCCAGGGAGCUGUCACGGAAACGAAACAGGAAGUAAGAAGGAUAAGGUCUUACAAGAGGCUUUUCUCUCUACCAGUGAGUCAUUCCUCACUCCAAAAAAUUCUUGUGACAGUCAUAACACGGCUCAAAACUUAGGUACGACUUUAAGUCAAUCAACGAUGGGAGAGUUGUCAGAAAGCCCUUACCAAUCAGCACAACACACCAUGCCAAGGAAAGUAAGUGAAACAGGUGUAAACGAGAAAAAAGAACAGGGACAGAAUGAAGACGGCACCGACGAGAGUGGAAGUGAGUCUAUUAACACAGCGAAACCGCCCUUUGCAGAAAAAGGGGAGCCUAGCUAUUCAGAUUUCAAGAGUGUUUCAGGUGAAAAAAACAUUCUUUUGGAACACAUAUUUGGACCUUUCAGUCAAGAAAGCAAGGCUCCUUGGAAAGAAACAGAUGUAAAAGACAGUAAAAAAGCAACCAUUGCUGGUGGAGCUGAUUUAGUUCCUGCCCUUAGAUGUCCUGGGUGGCCGCGAGUUUCAGAGGAUUGGAUCAAACGAAAACGAAAAUGGCCCUCACCUGACGUGAUUAACAAAGUUGUCCAGGAGGGCUUCCAUUUAGUAGUAAAGCCUCCGAAGGAUGGCGGAAAUCCAAAAUGUGACUUCAGAAUUUCCUUUAGCCAUGCAGAAUACCUGUUAAGCCAAGCGAUGAAUGACAUUCAGCGCGAGUGUUACCGAUGCUUGAAGAAAUUUCAUCGUGCUUUUCUCAAGGAUCCAAAGGGUUUGGUGACAUUUCACUUGAAGAACCUACUUCUGCAAACAAUCGAGGAAACCGGUGCCGAACUGUGGAUCGAAAGUAACAGAGUCGAGUGCGUGAUGAAGCUCUUCGGAAACCUUUCGCAGGCUCUCACAAAGAAAGAGUUGCCCCAUUUUUUUGUGAGAUCUUACAACCUGUUUAGUGAAGAUUACAUUGAUGAUCCCGAGAUUCUUGAUGCAUUGGCUAAAAAAGUUGAGAAGAUCAUGGAAAAUCCCAUGCAAUCAGCUAAACAGUUGAUUCAGAAAGAGGCAUCUGCAGUUCAAGCACCGCUGGAAGAGAAAAGCAUUUUAAGCAACGGACUGGCAGUCAAAACUGCUUCCAAAGCCGACGGAUUUGAUAGCCACAUGGUGCUACCAGGUACUCUCAAAAAGGACGACACUCGUCCAGUUAGCAGCUCAUCAAGGCAGAGCUAUCGCUUUCAUGAUCUGAAAGACAUCUACCUUGCCAGCAGCCAAGAGUUAACUGCGAUGGCUUUUAACGCUGAUGAUCUCACAAUUGAAUCCCUCGACCCUCUCAAAAGGUCCUUGGUAGGUGAUCUCAAAGAAAUGAUCAAAACCCUCAACUUAAACGCUGCAGAAUUCCGUAGAAUGUUUGAAGCAAACUGGAGCGCAAUCUACUGGAAAGUUUCGUUGAAUCCUGAGCCAAAUAUGAGCCUCCGAAUGCUUGAUGCAAUCCAAGGUGUGGUUGAAACGUGGAAGUACCUACUGAAACAAGAUGACUUUGCACCGGAGAACGCGGAAGCCCUAGCUGAAAGAUUGCUUAAUCCAGACCCUGAUGCCGAUCCUUUCGACUUGACCAACCUGUUGCCAGCUGGCAUAGGGACCCAGUUUGUCACCCGAUUUUUCAACAGUUUGACUCCAAGUUCAGCUGAUGAAACCAAAGAGGUUAAUCUCGAUAAGGACAUUCCCCUGGACUGA